CACCUUCAGCUGCUGUCGCUUCUCUAGCAACUCUUACUAUACCCAUUGCCACAAGUACUAUCAAUAAUAAUGAGCAUAAUGAUAAUAACGAGCAUAACGAUAAUAACGAGCAUAAUGAUAAUAACGAGCAUAAUGAGUAUAGCGAUAAUAAUGAGUAUAGCGAUACUAAUGAGCAUAGCGAUAAUAAUGAGCAUAAUGAUAAUCCUCGCGGAGAAGCAGAAAUUGGUCUUAAAACAUCAAGCAAUAAUUCUGAUAACUUUGUUAAAUCUAAAAGAAAAAAAACAAAGAAUAAACGUAAAGCUGAUAGCGUAUAUAAUCAACCUUUAAAACGAAAA